ACCACACCAUAUCGUGUAGUUUUUGGGCAAUUUGCUCAUAGUGAUACUAAUAUAGUUAAAUUUUUAAAAAAUGAUAAUGAUAAUGAUUCAUUUGAAGAUGAUAACCAUCACGAUUCAUUUGAAGAUGAUAACCAUCACGAUACAUUUGAAGAAGAUAAUAACUAUCACGAUUCUUUUGAAGAAAAUAGUGAUCAUCAUGAAGAAAAUAAUAAUCAUCACGAUUUAUUCGAAGAAAAUAGCGACCAUCAUGAAGAAAAUAAUAAUCAUCACGAUUUAUUCGAAGAAAAUAGCAACUAUGAUAACUGUUAUGAUUCAUUCAAAGAAAAGAAUAAUCAUUGCAAUUCAUUUGAAAAUGAACUUGAUCCACAUUAUUUUUUGCCAGAAAGUGAUCCUGAUAAUUUUUCAGAAGAGGAAUCGUAUAAUUCUUUAGAUUUUUCUGAACAUAUAAGUGAAAGAGUUAUUGUAAUUAGUGACUCUGAAGUAGAAACUACCCAUACUACUUAUGAAAAAGAAAAAUGGCGG